AUGCCGGGUUUUAUUUUGAUUUCACAAUAUUUCGUGUUUAUUUACAUCCCAUCACAGAAAAACAAUUGAUCCUGCUUGCAGGUGUGCUUUCGUAAAAUCGCCCAGAUUGCAUAACGUGACGAUCCAAGUGCUAGGCAGUAAGCCAAACACAUUCUUCUCCUUCGAUUUCGGGUGACCGGCAUCGUCGAGCGCAAUGAACGAUAUCCGGCGGCUGAAGGAUCAACAGCGUGAAAAACAUCCAGGCUUUGAUUCGUACAUCGAGUGCAUGAGCCGGUCAUUGUUUACGGGUUUGGCGACGUUUUCUCUCGGGUUCGCCGGUAUCUACUUCCUGCAGCAGAUCGGACAACGCUAUCUGCCGUACACGAAGAAGGGUAACAUACUGGUGGCAACGAUCGUCGCAACCGGUGCUGCAUACAAGGUGACCUCAGAUCGUACCCGUGCCUGCCAGGCACGGUGGAUGGCCGUAGAGGACAAAUACAGUGUGUUGCAGGAAGCAAUUGAACCGGGAGCCACAUCAAACGACACGAUCAUUUAG